GUAAGUGUAAACAAAAUCAGAAUAUUGAAUUUAUGGUCACAAUGAAACAAAAUAAGAUAACUCAAGUUUUAUCUAUUAUUAAUUAUUAAGAAUCAAAGUAUCUCUGGUAACCUGGAUUGAUUCGUCGUACAUUUAGUUGAUUCUUUUCUUAAGUAUUUAGCACUUCAACUUUUAUCUUGUUUCAAAUGACAUCUCUGUGUCUUUUUAAAUUUCAUGCUAGUGAAGUCAAGUUCAGCUAUCUUGUAUCAGUUUACGCGUAAACUUUAUUGUUUUUGGAUAAGCUAAUCAAUCAACUUUUACACAACUCUGGCUAUGGUGUCAACAGAAAGAUUUCAAACCUUGGAAGGCCAUACAUCUGAUAUAACCUGGGUUGAUUUCAAUGGAAAUAAAAUUGUCGCCUCAUCAUCUAAUGAUAAAACUAUAAAAAUCUGGAAACGUAAGGACGAUGGACAGUUUGAAGAAAGCAAAGAGCCACCAUUAAAAUCGCCUCUAACUGGACACAAUUAUGGAGUAAACUGUGUAAGAUUUUCACCGUUUGGAACAAUUUUGGCCUCGGUUUCAACUGAUGGAUAUCUAAUUCUAUGGAACUCACAGACUGGUGAUCAAGUUGUGCGAGUUGCUAAUCCAACAAACUGUGCUAUUCGCGUCUGUUGUUUUUCUCCUUCUUCGGCCAUCUUGGUAACUGCUGGAGAUGAUGAAAGAAUCUGUCUUUGGGAUAUUAGCACUCGUUCGUUAGUCAGAUCUUUGAGUGGUCAUGAAGCAAUGGUCACUACUUGUGCCUUCUCUCCGGAUUCUGCUUAUCUAAUAUCUGGAGCUACUUCUGGAGAGCUUAAAAUGUGGGACGCACGUCAUGGUCAUGGCAAAUGUUUAUUGACCAUUCCUGAAGCUCAUGAUUUGGGUGUCGUCUCGUCUGACUUCAAUCCUCAAUACGAGGUUAACGGUGAGUCUGUAGAAGUAACAAAUGGUCCAUUACAAAGCUACUACUUACUCGCCUCUUGUGGUAAUGAUGAUCUAGUCAAAUUGUGGCAUGUUAAAGGUGGUCUCAAGUGCUCAAUAACUCUCUACCACAGUCUUUCAGGUCACAGUGGUAAUGUUUAUUGUUGUCGUUUCUCUAGUGAUGGCUCAUUACUUGCAUCAGCAGCUGGCGACAAGACAAUUAUAAUCUGGUCUAUCGAAUCAGGAACAAUCAUUCGCCGUUUAGAAGGUCACAAUCGAUAUGUAACUUGCUGUGCAUUCUCUGCUGACAAUAGUCUUUUAGCAACUGGUUCAAAUGAUAAAACUGUUAUUAUUUGGAAUCUUCAUUCCUAUCUUGGUUCACCCGAACCCAAUAAUGAUUCUGAAGCCAACGAAAAUGCACCCAUAACAAGCUCUCAUAGAGUUUCUUUCAGUUUGGGCACAAACGCUAACCUAGUUUCUCGAUGGUCGGUCGAACAAGUAGCACAAUGGCUGGAAACUUUGGGAUUACCUCAAUAUACGGAUAUCUUCAUUCAAAACGAAAUUGAUGGCACUGAGCUUUUACAUUUAUCUCAUGACAUGCUCUUGACUAUGCUUAAAAUUACUACUCUUGGUCAUCGAACCAAAAUUCUGCGAGGAGUCCAAGCCUUACGAAAUCCAUUGUGGCAACAUAUCGCAAAUGAAGACGAUAUCUCAAUGCCCGAUGAGCUUUUCUGCCCAAUAACUCAUGAAUUCAUGAAGGAUCCUGUUGUUGCUUCAGAUGGUUAUACUUAUGAAAGACAAGCAAUCACCGAAUGGAUGGAAAAUGGAAACAACACUAGUCCAAUGACAAAUGAGCCAUUCGAAGAUAAUCGAUUGGUUUCCAAUUUGACUCUAAAGCUCCUUGUCAAGCGAUAUCAGAUUUAACUGAUAACCGAAGCUCAGUUCAUUAAAUAACUUUGUCAAAUCCACCAUAUCUUAUCCGAAGUCUUAAUUAGGAUUGAUAUUUUACCUCAAGCUUUCUUUGGAUUUGCUAAAUCUGUGAUCAACUUCGUGGUCUCAAAGUAUACUUUCGCCUUGAAAAUCAAAUAUAUCAUCGACAUCCUAACUUUAUUUUACCCAAGAGCAUAAAUUACUGAACUCAAAUCCACAAAAAUAUUAUCGUUGAAAUAAGAAAUGUUUCAAUUAAUUAUUAUUAUUAUUAUACUUUUAUGUCAAAUGUUAUUACUGUCAUAUAUCAAUAUUUUAUCUAUUUUACUAACCAAAACCAAUGCAUCACCAUUAUCCUAUCAAAGCAUCAACAAAGUAACGAAAGUAUUAUUUGAAUUAUGUUCAUAAUGAUCUGAAAUAAUUUAUUCAAUAAAUUUUGGUCUUAUUUUCAAAUGUAAAA